AUGAAGACAAAGAAUCACUCAGAGGUGAAUGAAUUUGUUUUCCAGGGAUUCUCAAACUUUCAGGAGCAUCAGAUCAUUCUCUUUGUAGUGUUCCUGGCCCUGUACAUCUUAACUCUGGCUGGCAAUGUAAUCAUUGUAACUAUUAUCUGCAUUGAUCGCCAACUCCACACUCCUAUGUACCUCUUCCUGAGCAUCUUGUCAACUUCAGAGACCUUCUACUCUCUGGUUAUUAUCCCUCGGAUGCUGUCUAGUCUGGUGGGCUUUAGCAAGUCCAUCUCUUUCGUAGGAUGUGCUACCCAGAUGUUCUUCUUCCUUGGCUUUGCCAUUACUAACUGCCUCCUGCUGGCAGUGAUGGGAUAUGAUCGAUAUGUGGCCAUCUGCAACCCCCUCCGUUACUCUGUUAUCAUGAACUGGAGGGUCUGUGCCCUGAUGGCAUCCUCAGUUGGCAUUACAGGCUUCUCUCUGUCACUCAUCCAGGCUGUUGCCAUCUUCCGGUUGCCAAUGCCAAGGGCAAACUUCACCACUGUAAGCGAGUUUACCCUGGAUGGCUUCUCUAACUUUGGGUGGAAGCACCGGCUCAUCCUCUUUGUGAUUUUCCUCACCCUAUACCUACUGACCUUGGCCAGCAAUGCUCUCAUCUUGACACUCAUCCACCUCAAUCGACAACUUCAUACACCCAUGUACUUCUUCUUGAGUGUACUAUCUAUCUCAGAGACUUGCUAUACUGUGGCUAUCAUACCCCGCAUGCUGACUGGACUCUUGCACCCGUACCAUCCUAUUACAAUCCCAGGUUGUGCCACACAGCUCUUCUUCUACCUUACCUUUGGUAUCAACAACUGCUUCCUUCUCACUGCCAUGGGCUAUGACCGCUAUGUGGCCAUCUGUAACCCCCUGAGGUACUCAGUCAUCAUGGGAAAGACAACAUGCGCUCAGCUAGCAUGUGGGUCAUGGAGCAUGGGCCUUGGCACGGCCAUCAUUCAGGUGCCAUCUGUGUUCAGCCUGCCUUUCUGUGAUGUUAGUAUCAUUUCCCAUUUCUUCUGUGAUAUCCGCCCACUACUGAAACUUGCCUGUGCAGACACAACUAUUAAAGAGCUCAUCACCUUGCUCAUCAGUUUGGGUGUUAUUGUGCUGCCUAUGGUCCUGGUCUUCAUCUCCUAUGUCCUCAUUUUUUCCACCAUCCUCAAGAUUGCUUCUGCUGAGGGGCGACGGAAGGCUUUUGCUACCUGUGCCUCUCACCUCACCGUGGUCAUUGUCCACUACGGCUGUACUUCCUUUGUCUAUCUCAAGCCCAAGUCCCAAAAUUCCAUGGAAGAUAGACUUAUCUCAGUGACUUACACUGUCAUCACACCCUUGCUGAACCCUGUUGUGUAUAGCCUGAGGAAUAAGGAGAUCAAAGAUGCCUUUCGCAGAGCCCUAGGCUGGAAACCCCUUUCCUAG